AUGACUGUCUAUAGUUGGGGUCGUGGUGAGGACGGUCAAUUAGGACUUGGUGAUACAAGUGAUCAACAUCGUCCUGUACCUAUUGAUGCACUAGCUGAGCGUCGCAUCGUUCAAAUUGGAUGUGGUAGUGGCCAUACUGUCGUACUUACAGAUGAAGGAGAAGUUUAUACAUGGGGAAGAGGUGAUGAUGGACGUCUUGGACAUGGAGAUAAUGGUUGGAAAUUUGUACCACGAUUGGUGGAAGAAUUAAGAGGCAAGAAUAUACGUCAAGUCACAUGUGGUAGUUAUCAUACAGCAGCCGUUACAGUCUCUGGUGAUUUAUAUACAUGGGGUGGUGGUAUGUAUGGAAAAUUAGGUCAUGGUAAUGAAACAGGACAUUCGACUCCAUUUUUAGUUGAAACGCUAAAGGGAAUGCAGGUGCGACAAGUGGCCUGUGGUAGUCGCCAUACUGUAGUGUUAUUAGAGAACAAGGACGUUUAUACAUGGGGUGAUAAGGAAAAUGGUGUAUCGGGACAUGGAGAUACUGAAGGUCACCAGUAUCUACCGUGUCCUGUUGAAGAACUUCGUGGCAAGUCAAUUGUUCAGAUCUCGGCUUGUGGUUUCCAUACAGCAGCACUAAGUGAACCUGGAGAAGUUUUUACAUUUGGAGAGGGAAAGUUUGGACGUUUAGGACAUAAUACAGAACGGAAUCAGCCGGUUGCACGUUUUGUGGAGGCACUGACAGGAAAACGUGUGAAACAAGUGGCAUGUGGUGGGUUUCACACGGCAGCUGUUACGGAAACAGGAGAGGUUUAUACAUGGGGUGGAGGUGAACAUGGCCAACUUGGACACGGUGAUAAGGUGAACAAAACGGUUCCUACACGUGUGGAAAGCCUUGUGGACAAAUUGGUUGUGCAGAUUACGUGUGGAUGGAGUCAUACAGUUGCACUGACAGAUACAGGCGAGGUUUAUACGUGGGGAAAUGGAGACCACGGUAAGCUUGGCCACAAUGACACUACUAAGGUCACACUGCCAAAAGUGGUGGACGUACUUGACGGAAAACGUGUGAUUAGUGUGGCAUCUUACAAUGAGCAUACCGUGGCCCUCGUGGACCCCAUCGCGAUGCUACGUGCCUCCAUGCUGACGUCUUCUUACGUUGGUGAUAUGCGUCAGCUCAUUGACAGCGCUGAAUUCUCAGACGUAACUUUUCUCAUCGAAGGCCGUGCCAUCCAUUCACAUCGUGCAAUUUUAGCCGCACGCAGUGACCACUUCCGCGCAAUGUUUUCCUCCGGCAUGCGUGAGUCUCGUGAACAAGAAAUACCUUUGCUGCAUACUCGAGUGCCAGUUUUUCUAGCGCUGCUGGAGUAUAUUUAUGUUGACUCGGUCAAUGUGGGGGCAGAGAUGGCACUGGAAUUAUAUGCCGCUGCUGACCUGUACACAUUGGACCGUUUAAAGGGCCUUUGUGAGAUUAUUGUGCAAAAGAACAUUAAUGUUGAGAAUGCCGCUGCACUGUUCCAGUCUGCUGACGAUCUGCACUCCUACCGAUUGCGUGAGAUCUGCUUGUCGUACAUGGUGCAGAACUUUGAUAUGGUCACAAAAUCUGACGGUUUUGCCAGUCUUUCACGUGACCUUAUUCUGGAGGUGUUGCAGAAUCGGUAA